GGCUAUAACGGGUUAAACCAGUUCAACUCGGCGAGACAUAGAUAGGCUCUACACAAUUAGUUCCCAAGCGAUCGGGAAGAUAGUCAACCUGAAAGCUCGUCUGAUGACCAGCCUAUAAUUUUACAGGACCUGCUUAAAAUAUCACAAAAUUUGAGGAUAGUCGAUUUUCAUGUACUCAUAAACUAGGUGUUUGACUGAAACAUAUCAUGCGUCAGAGGAAAUGACCAGCCCAUAAAAAAAUCAUCUCCAAGAGAGGAACGGAACGGAUCUAAAGCAAGAGCUGGUCCUUCAAAAACAUGUAUAUUUUCAUUAACAAAAUACGUUUUCUAGGACCACAGAAAAAAAAGAUGACCGUCUUCAAUAGACUGGGACUUCGUUACAUCACCAUGUUUUUAAGCUUUACGACCUGUGUUGUUAUCUAUACCAAAACCUCACCGAUGCUUUUCAGCGUCGAACCGGAAAAUGUAGACAUGGAAAGUUCAUGCUCUUGUCAGACUUGCGUAAUGGACAUAAGAGGGGAUGAAUGGUUUGCUUAUCGUCACAACCCCACGGUUCCAACAUUACUCAACAGGAAAAACAGCGUGCUCCGCAGAGACAUCUAUAGAUGGUGGAUGGGCCUGCAACAUUCAUCUCUUAAAGUCAACUACACAGAAAUCGUGGACCAGCUGUUCACGCUCUUUCCAGAUGAAGACCACUACUCGGACCCCGGCCCGGAUCGCUGCAGAACAUGCGCUGUGGUGGGAAACUCUGGGAACCUCCUCGGAUCCCGAUAUGGUCCUCUUAUAGAUUUUCACGACGUUGUUAUUAGGAUAAAUAAGGGUCCGACAAAAGGCUAUGAGAAGGAUGUGGGCUCUAAGACCACCCACCGUAUUCUGUAUCCUGAGAGCGCUGUAGAUUUGGACAACAACACCCACCUGUUGCUUUUUCCCUUUAAAAUUCAGGAUAUGCAGUGGCUCAUAAGUACUUUCACAACUAGACACAUCAGACGCACAUAUAUGCCAGUUAAACCUUCCAUAAAUGCAAACGAGGACAAGGUGAUGAUCCUCCACCCUGGAUUUAUAAAACAUGUCUAUGAUAGCUGGUUGCAGAAACAUGGCAGAUAUCCAUCCACUGGCUUCAUAACAUUAAUUUUUGCCCUGCACAUCUGUGAUGAGGUGAAUGUUUUCGGAUUCGGAGCUUCAAGUGGUGGAGCCUGGCAUCAUUACUUUGAUAAAACUAAUACUCACUUUAAAGCAGGCCCGCAUGGUGGAGACUUUGAAAACAAAACAAUGCAUGAACUUCUUCAGAGAAAUAAGAUUUCAAUCUAUAAAGGAUAUCAGUAAAAGGCGGAUUUGUUUAAUUUUAUUCACCCAUGAACUGAAUCUUCCAUACUAUCCACCAGACCUGUUUCUUCCAUCAUCUUGUGACUUAAAUGAUCCAUUAUCACAUAUUUGUAUCACAAUGUAUCUUGUUCAGCAGAAUAGCUGCAGCUUAAAUACAACUUGCUUUGAUUUCUAUUAUUUUAGAUGGAAAUGUUGAUAGUGGACAUGUCGUUUUGCUGGAUUCUUGCUACUCGAAAGUAGGUUUUGGGUGGAGGCAUAUUCUAUUUGCAGAGUUUUUUAAUGGACCAAACUGGUCAGUAAUCGAUAUUGUUGGAAGGGAAGACUGAAAGUUAAGUGAAGGACGCUUUGCAGUAGGCCUACACUGGCAUAUAAACAUGAGUAGUAAAAUUAUUCAGAAUACAAAAGUGAAAAUGUAAAAAAUAAAGUAAAUAUAAAUUAUGAUGAAAUUUGAGUGUUCUUAAACAUGAAAAUAAUGAUUGCUGUCAAUGGAAAUAUUUCAAUUUAUAAUAUUUAAAUGCCAUUGAGUUUUUAAGACGUCUUUUUAUGUCAAGCUGUUUUUGCACAUAAGUUAUAUAAUAUUUUUACAUCUGGAAUAUACAAAUAAACGGCAUAAAAUGUGAA